AUGGCUGGUAAGGGUGUCAGAGGUCUCACUGAGGCUCUGAAGAGCCUUAACUUAUCUUCUCAGGCGUGUAGAGAAGCUGCAUCCUACCGAAUCCCAUCCACGACCUUCACUCGGUCAAUGGCCACCGAAGUGCCCCUCCCUAAGCUCACAACCACGCUAGACCACACCGUAUCGAACCUCUGGCGUCCAUCCCAAACCGUCUCCGUGACCAUCUUCGACUUCCCGUCCUACGAACCCAAGCGCCUCGAAGAAUGGUCCUCCAAACACCUGCAUCUCCCGCUCCGCCGCGACAUUCUGCAUCUGGCCGUCGUCUACGAAGGCGACAACACGCGCCAGGGCACCGCCUCAUCCAAAACGCGUUUCGAAGUCCAUGGCUCCCACCGCAAGCUACGCCCGCAGAAGGGUCUGGGCCGCGCUCGUGUAGGAACCAAGCAGUCGCCCAUCCUCAGGGGAGGUGGCAAGGUGUUCGGCCCCAAGCCCCGCGACUUCGGUACUAAGCUCAAUAAGAAGGUGUAUGACUUGGCGUGGCGGACAGCGCUCAGUUACCGAUACCGCCGCGGCGAGCUGGUUGUGUGCGAUGAUGGCAUGGAGUUGGACCUGCCGGAGGAGUUCAAGGGGAUGGUUGGUGAGCUGGAGGAUGAGUUGGUCGAUGGAUUUCGGGCGAAGUGGGUGAAGCAGGUUCUGGACCGUAAUGAGUGGGGUCGGUCGAGCGGGCGCAGCACUUUCAUUACGGGUGCUAGGAGGAACGACUUGUUUGAUGCUUUGGACUUGGUGCCAAAGUACGGCCGGGCUUUGGACGUUGAGAAUGUUGAUGUCAAGGAUCUGCUUGAGACGGGCAGACUCGUGGUUGAGAGGGCUGCAUUGAAGGAGCUGAUUGCGCGGCAUCAGAGUGAUCUGGUGUCCAAUAUUUAUGUCCACGGUGUUAAGCCGCCUGCGCCAAAGAGCGGAAUAGUUGUAGUCGAGUAA